CUGCUCUCUCUUCCCCUCUUCCCCUUUCCUCUCUCUCUCUCUCUCUCUCUCUCUCCAGCCGUGAAUUAAUUGCCACUCUCGACUCUCUCCCCCUUUCUCUUUGUGUAGACAAGAUCGCGAAUAGUUGAAGGGAGAGAAUUAUGUAUGGCGAGUCAACUAGGUGCCAACUCGACUGCUAAGCUACAGCGUCAACUCGUUCGCGAACUCAGGAUGGUGAGGCGUGUACGGUUUACGAGUUGAGCGUCAAGAUUGUCUGUUUGCCAUCCAGGUCUUCUAUCUUCUUCGUCAACUUCCAUUGCUUGCUUCAUUCACCGCUUUCUGUUUUAAAAGUUGCUUUCUUUUUGUUUUUUUAAACUGGGAAAUUGUUAAUUCGAAGUCAUCCUCUUGAUGACCUAAGAACUAGGGUUUUCUAGGUUUUGGAUUUUGCUUUUUCAAUUUCUAGUCAAGGUAAAGUCAUGUAUUCUGCUAAUUUAAGGUUUCGUGAUUUCGGGUUUUAAUUUGUUGUCUGGUCGGGCAAUAGUAUUGGGAUAUAAUCAGAUGUACACCUUUAUUUGUAUCGUAGAAGUAGGGUUUUGAUCUGGAUUUCUGGAAGUGUGGGAUCAAGAAAAAUAUUAGGGUUUUUUUGGGUUUAUCUAAUUUGUGAGGAAGUAGGGGUUUUCUUUUAUCAGGGUUUGUUGAAUUUGUGAUGAGUGAGGAGACAUCUGCUCCAAUGAACCUGGAUUUAAAUCUAGGUCCUGGUCCUGAGGCAGAAUCAGGACCGAUACCAAGUGAAGCUGUGAAUUUGGAAGAUUGGAUUGAUUAUCCUGCUGAGAGAAUUAGGGAAGCUGCCAUUAGGCUUAGAACUCGGCAAAGGUGGAGAUGGCGACAGGUUCAAGUCCCAACUGAAAGUCAAAACCUUCCGGUCGAAUUGAGUCAAUUGAUGGGCAAUUCUGGAAAUGGGAUUACAUUACAGACUGGGGAGGGUAGUGUUGCUGCUGAAGAAAGAAAUAACGAGGCCCCCAAAACAUGUGAAAAUAACAAUGGCUUUUUGGAGGACCUCGUAACCGAGAAAAAAGAUAGUAUUGAGAAGAGUAGUGGCAAUGAUGGGAGCUUUUUUGACUGUAAUAUAUGCUUGGAUAUGGCUAGGGACCCUGUAGUGACUUGUUGUGGCCACUUAUUUUGUUGGUCAUGCAUUUACCGAUGGUUACAUGUGCACUCAGAUGCAAAGGAAUGUCCAGUCUGUAAGGGAGAGGUAACAAUAAAAAAUGUGACACCAAUCUAUGGUCGGGGAUACAUAACCCGUGAACCAGAAGAGGACCUGAAUGUUAAGAUCCCUCCAAGGCCCAGUGGAAGACGAGUUGAGAGUUGGAGACAAGCCUUUCAAAGCAGUUCUUUUAGUUUUCCAAUGGAAGAGAUGAUACGGCGUCUUGGGAGUAGGUUUGAUUUGACCAGGGAUUUGGCCCAGCCUCAGCCACGGGACUCUAGCAGCACCCGUGAAACUCAAGAGAGAUCUAGUUCCCUGCUAAAUAGGUUUUUAACAUCUCGGGGGUUGCGUGGAGAACAAAAUCCAGUUGCUCCUCCAAAUGAUGUAGACUUGGCACCAGGCAUUGCAACUGAAAUUGAGAGCGAGGCUCGUCGUUAUCAUUCUCUGUUAGUUCGAAGACCAUCACAUACACAUAGAGCUGUGAGAAUUUCUUCUCUUACAUCUGCACUAAGUUCAGCUGAAAGGUUAUUUGAGGCCUAUCUCAGAAGCCACCCUGUUGGAAGAAUCAGACAGCCUCCUCCAGUUGAUGAUAGAGACUCUUUUCAGCAUUGCUGCUGUAAU